AUGAAGGAUGACAGCCUUGGCAGCAUUAAGCUGGACACCCGCUCAGUUAACCCUGGGCAGUGGCAGCACUAUCGCCUGCAACUUGAAGAAGGGCAGGGUGGCGAGCUUGAGUUCGACGUAUUCCUGAAGCCUGCUGCGAGAUCCUGGCUUGUGCUGAAACAGCCCUGCGGAUAA